AUGAAAAAGAAAGCUGUAGGAGUAAAAUGUAGGCAUAAACCAACUAAAUCAUCAUGCUUAGAAAAGGGACUUCAAUGUGUUUAUAAUAUUAAGUUAGAAACUAGGCUUACUGAAGGAACAAAACAGUUAUCGAAAUCGCAACUGAUAGCACAGAUCGCCCUUUUAAAAUCAGAACUAAACGAAGGAUCAAGGGAGAUAGGUAGAAAUCCAGUAUUGGGCUUGCAAUACACAUCUAGUAAGCAAGGGAGAGUUUUGACUUAUGGACCAACUUCAGUAAGAUGUUUGAUAAGAUCAUCUCAGCUGCAGUGGUGCUACACUGCAAUUUGGAAAACAAUAAAGGAGAAGAGAAAUGAUUGGAAGAAAAACCAUAUCCAUGCCAUAAAAGUCGAAGAGAUUUAUUCGAUUGGGAAUCCUCUUUCUAUUAGUGGAGGAAAUUCAAUCUUGGAGGCCUUAUGUGAUUGUCUUCCAACUAUGCAUGUACUAAAACAUAGUUUGGAUAGGUUCUUUAAUUGCACCCUUUUCAAAGAAUUUGAAAUACUAGACCCGCUGAAGGUUGCCACCGAUCUUGAAGAGUGCUUCAUAUCUGAUCAAGAAGGUAGAAUCAUGUCUAUUAAUAUAUAUGAAAAGAAAAACUAUUAUCGCUUAGGAAUUAUCACCAGAAUCCUCACCAUCGUUCAUUUUAAAGAAAGAGUCCCAACAGCAGUCGAGUUAUUCCAUAAAUAUUUAGCUGCUUUCGAGAGUGCCAAAUCAAUGCAUAUAGAGAGAGCUCAAUUUUUCAUGCUCAAAUACCUAUUCAUUAAUGCACGGGGCUUCACUGCCGGCGACGGAGGCAAUAGCAUCACCAUUAUCAACUUAGCUCUUUCGACUGCUAUGCAAAUCGGACUCUAUCGAACAGAAAAUUUAGGCCUGUUUAGAGAUAGAGAGCGUUAUAUUAAAAACUUAUGCGUUUUACUUGUCCAAGCAGACUUUGAAAGUUCUUUCUCUUUGGGCUCACACCUUCAAGUUAGUGAGUAUUUCUUGCAAGAUUUGGAUGGGCGAGCAAAUCCUAAAAUUAGUGAGGACGGUAAUUUUUCAACUCUCCAGUACUUUUUAUUUUUGAGACAACAGCUUGCUGGGGUAUCCUCGACUCACAAUGCCCCAUCUCUUCCUUUAUCAAUUUCGAAGUUGAAGUUUUCUCUUUUGGCAACCUUUGGAGAAUUAAAGCAUUAUCUGUCUCGAACUGCGUAUGAUCCACCUAUCGAGUUUCAAAAGUUGUACGCAAUACUUUUAUCUUUGCAGAUAAUAGCAAAUUUCUCAUUGAUUCAAACACAAGUUUCGGUCGAUGGGACUUUGGAAUUGCAGCAACAAGCGCUAAUAUGUCACAUUGCAUCGUUAAUUUUAGUUUUUAACUACAUGGAAGCUUUGUAUAAUGACCAAAUGUUGAUAAGAGGGGGAGAAAACCACAUCGAUGCUUGUAUUGACAUAGGAUUAGGUCUUUUUUUGUACCAUAAUGUUUUACCAAGGGCAACACAUGAGCUGGUUCUAAUUUUUUCUGAUGCUUUAAAUACUAAUGAAGGGUUUGGUGUUUAUUCUACUAACUCGAAUGAUGUUGACAUUAAACACUUCAAUGAGAUUGUUGAUAACUUCCUAAAGAGUGAUAAAGAUAUGGAUUUCGGUGCUAAUGUGGCUUAUAAAUAUUUCGAAAGGAUACACGAGAAUUUCAAAAAUAAUCGGAGCAAGAAGUUGGAUAACCUUCUACAUCAAUCAUAUUUAUUCAUCGUAUGCGAUGAAUUUUCCAACAGUCUAGUCCAGGCUUUCAAGGAACCAAUAACUUUAAUGACUAACAAGCCAGAUGAAAUGUCAAAUCAAAAUAUGCCAUUUACAGUUGAUGAUAACGACUUAUUUCUCGACAAUGCUCUUGAAAUAUUUGAUGAUGAAUUCACGUCAUUUUUUUUUACUUAA